CUUUCUUCAAUGAUACACUUUCAGGAAGAAGAAGAGCUGGUGACUGCUCACCGAAAGCAAGUGGAGGAGACUCUAGAUAUCAUAAGAGAGGAGAUGAACCUUUUGGUCGAAGCAGAUCAACCUGGCAACCAAUUAGAUGACUACAUCUCAAGAUUGAGUGCGAUACUUUCGCAGAAAGCCGCUGGAAUCGUGAACUUGCAGGCUCGGCUGGCACAGUUUCAGAGGCGUCUAAACGAGCAUAACGUUCUUCUCUCAUCUCCUNUCUUUUUUUUUUUGUAUUGA